AUGUACACUCUCGCUCUACAAAUUGGGCUUUGGAGCGGUGACAAACGGCGCGUCGAAAUUGCCGAGAGCUGUUUCCAACCUAUUGUGACGGUGAGAUCAAGGAUCUCAAUUCCAAGUGUGAGUGAUGUUGGCCUAAUUACAGAGCAGAUGCUACGGCGAGCCUCACGCUUCAAACACGAAGUUUAUCCCAUUGUCGCUCCCUCUGCGACUGAUGAUCAACCAACCGUUAACCGCAAAUGGCGUGCAUGGGUGGACCACGAAUCCUUCAAAAGGCUCGCUCACUACGUGUUCAUUCACGAUGCCCAAACAUCUUCGUUGCGAUCUACAACUCCACUCAUAUCUCACAUAGAAUUUGAUCUUCCUCUCCCCUUCUCGCGCAAACUUUGGGACGCAAAGACCGCCGCUGAGUGGAAAGCCAUAUACAUUGAAGAGAUUCCUCAAAGUCCAUCUAUUUCAGUAUCCCUGUCCACCAUCUUGCAGAAUAUGACAACUUUUAGCAGCAUCCCUCGCCACGCUGACUUCCAACUAGCCGCUAUGAUAACUAUUUAUGGUAUAUCAAAUAUGAUAUCUGACUGCAACCGGAUCCUUCGAGGCUCAGCCCGUCAAUGGAGCACCGCGGUCGCAAAUUUAUGGCAGCAAGAGCUGGUCCAACUUCUGGAACAGUUUCAAUUCUUUGCAGUCGAGCCCCUCAAAGAUUCACUACCAGCCUUGUCUCUUAUUUACCAAACAGUCUCACUUUCCUUAUAUUUGCCGCUUGGUGUUCUCGAAACCUUUUCGGGCAAGGAUGGCGAAGAACGAUCGUCUGCCAUCUACCAGUCAUUAAUCCAACAUAUAAGCCCAACCAUUCUGCGAAAGGCGAGCUGGCAUGCCGGUCAGGUUCUACGUAUUGCAAGAUCCAUGCCCCCAGGAUCAGUUGUGGCUUCUCGGGCUGCUUGCGUGUACUUCAGUGGGCUGGCCAUGUGGUCACUUGCGACGGUGUUCUCGCUAAAGGGAAUGGCUCUAGUGACUGAAAAUCACAGCACCGACGAAGUCUUCUUUUUGGACGGCAAGGAUGACGGCGAUGUACUACGCCGAUUCACUGCUCUCGGUCAGAGAAGCCCUGUUCUUUCAUCCGUCGACCAGUAUGUACACUUACAGGAUCGAGGGGCAGUCAUGCGUCUCUUCCAGAAAUUAUUCAGUUCAGAGCAAGGUUUAUAUGGAAUUGACCAGCAAGGGAGGGCUCUCAGUCAUGCCUUUGCCAUCCUGGGACGAAACGGCGAUGCAGGGGCGGAAUAUGAGGAUAUCCAAUAUUAG